AUGUUGUCAAAAGGUCUGGCGCUGCUGGCAUGGGUUUUCUUCGUACAUCUCGCUGGAAUCUACUUGUACACACGGGGCUUCCUCCUUACUCGUCUUUCGCUCUCGGACACUACAUCGUGCGACGACGGCUCAUGCACACUGAAAGCUACUCACAGAAGAGCCGUCCUACUCGUUAUUGACGCGCUGCGCUUCGACUUCGUCACUCCCGACUCGCCUUCGCCGCCUUCGCCGCACCACCAUGGUGUCCUGACCUUGCCGCAAGAGCUCACUGCGAUGCAGCCAGCGCAGUCCUUCCUGUUUGACUCGUUUGCGGAUCCGCCAACCACCACUUUGCAGCGAAUCAAAGGAAUUACGACCGGCUCGCUACCCACAUUUAUUGACAUGGGUUCCAACUUUGGUGGCGCGUCCGUAGUCGAGGACUCCCUUAUUAGCCAGCUUCGCAGCGCGGGCAAGAGUAUAGCGUUCAUGGGCGACGACACGUGGACGACCGUGUUUUCCGACGCGUUUGCAUCCGACAUGUGCUUUCCUUAUGACUCAUUUAACGUCGAAGACCUGCACACCGUCGACGAAGGUGUGAUACGGCAUCUUUUCCCGCUCAUGAACAAUGCCUCUGCUCCAUGGGACGUCAUAAUCGGGCAUUUCCUCGGUGUUGACCAUGUCGGACACCGCGUGGGUCCUGACCACCUAAAAAUGCGCGCAAAGCUCGCACAGAUGGAUGAGGUACUGCGACGCACGAUCGAAGCGUUGGAGGAAGAUACGCUGCUUGUGGUGCUCGGCGAUCAUGGAAUGGACCGACGGGGGGACCACGGAGGAGACGGUGCGCUCGAGACGUCAGCGGCGUUGUGGGUGUACAGCAAGAUUCCGCUUUCUUCUCGGCCGACCACAUCCCCUGCGUCUCUCCUCCCCGCUCGCACGUUCCCUGGCGCUACAGUACCUCACCGGUAUGUACAGCAGAUCGACCUUGUUCCCUCUCUUGCCCUCCUUUUGGGACUACCCAUCCCGUAUAACAACCUAGGGACGGUGAUUCCUGAGCUCUUCUCACAUGAGACUUUCGAUCGAGCAUUGGAAUUGAACGCAGAGCAAGUGAAACGCUAUCUCGACACGUACCGCGCGACUGCACACGGAGGAGAGCUCGAUAAUGCCUGGACCAAAUUGCACUGGCAUUGGACCUCCAUCAAGACGGCGGAAGAUCUUGAAGGACGCUGGGAGGCAAUGGGGGCGUUUACGCGGACUGCACUUGAUGCGUGCCGCAUUCUGUGGGCGCAGUUUAACGUGACCCACAUCGGUCUUGGACUCAUACUGCAGGUCAUGGGCAUCAUCGCGGGUUUCGCACUCUACCUGAAGUUCGGCGAGUUAAAAGACGACUGGGUUGAUUGGGCAGGAAACGUCAAGCAGGGGUGUGUGCGCGGCAUGGCAAUCGGCGCCGUCUCUGGCCUCGUGUGCUCCGUACCGCUCAAGCACUUCGUCAAAGGCAUUGAUACGCUCGACUAUGUCCUCUUUGCCGCCCCUUUGGUGUCUUCACUCUCGGUCAUCAGAUCAUGCUGGCCAACGCGAGUUGAGUUCAAGUUGACAUCCCUUCCCCUUCCUCUCAUCCUGCACGCCCUCGCAUUCGCCUCAAAUUCGUUCACUAUCUGGGAGGAUCGCGUGAUCACGUACCUCAUUCUCUCGUCCAUCGUGCCCGCCGCGCUCACCGGCUUCACAGCGCCCACAGCGCGCCUGCGUGCACGCAUCCUGGGUUUCUCCGCGCUAUUCGCGCUUUGCGUACGCCUGAUGGCCGUAAGCACAGUCUGCCGCGAGGAGCAACACCCGUGCUGUCAUGUCACAUUCUUCGCGUCAUCUUCGCUUCCUGUCCCGCCGCGCGCCGUCCUCGCGCUUGCACUGCCCACAUCCCUUCUGUUGCCCUUCGUGAUUCGGUGGUUCCUUCGCAUCUCGAAAUCCGACAAUGGCAUCGCCGCAAUCGUUUUGACACUGCUCCUGCCUGUGGUGUUACUCCAGGGCUCCGCGCACUGGUUGCUCGAGUGGCUUGACACGGCGGAGGUCGUCGGAUCCGAGUGGCGCUGGAUUCUGCGCCCAGGGCGUACGCUGCUCGCGCAGUGUGCCAUGGGUGCUAUUGUCUUCUUCGGCAUGGCGCUCUGGUGGCUCAUACCGCUGUGCUUAGAAAUCAGCACGAGUCAGGCAGGCAAGGACAAUCCGAAGACGCAAGUAACAGUAUUGGGCUUUGCGAACGCAUUCGGCGCGUCCUACCUAGUGAUGUGGUGCACCGUGCUGGGUCUUCUGUACACAGUCACCCAGUUGACGGGACAGCUGGUACUGGCGCUCGCGGCCAUUGCGGUGCUCGCGUACAUCGAAGUUGUGGACAGCGUCCGGGACGUCAAGGAGCUUGAAGCGGCUUUCGCGUCGUCUUCUCCGUCAGCGAUCCUUGACGGCAGCGCACGCCGGACGCCGCAAGUCACUUUUGCGGAGGUGGUCCCGCUUGCUCUGCUCGCGCUGCACACCUUCCACGGAACAGGUCACCAGUCCACGAUCCCGUCCAUCCAAUGGAAGGCCGCGUUCGUCCUCACGCCCACACUGAGCUAUCCCUUCUCGCCGGCGCUGGUGAUCCUGAACACGUUCGGUCCGCAGUUCCUCAUUGCGCUCGCUGUGCCUCUCUUGGCCCUCUGGAACGUCGAGCCGCUCCCGCAGCCCGAUGCGAGCGUAGGCGCCAGUGGCAGCGCCGUGCGUGCCGCGCUAGGCGCCAUGUUAUAUUUCGCGGGGCUUCUGCUCGGGAGCGCAAUCAGCUCGGCGUGGCUCCGGCGGCAUCUGAUGGUAUGGAAGGUGUUCGCGCCGCGCUUCAUGAGUGCCGCGGCUAGUUUGGUGGCGGUCGAUGUGGCAGUGCUGCUCGGAGUGGGUGUCGGGGUGUGGAGGAUUACCGGGCAGGUGACUAAGGUGUUUGGUGGUAUGGGUCCACAACGGGAGACUUCCGAGCCCUCUAAAAGUGCAUAG